AUGGACGCGAUCCCAGAGAGGGACUGGGCGGAGCUGCCGGUCGACGCGAUCUUGUACAUCCUCCGCAAGCUCGACGUGGUCGACCUCGUCCAGGGCGGCGUGGCCGCGGUGUGCAGCUCCUGGCGCCGCGCCGCGCGCGACGAGGCUGUGCUGUGGCGCCACAUCGACGUUCGCGGCCGCUUCCCGGGCGAUCUCGACCACCUCGCCCGUGGUGCCGUCUGCGUCAGCACCGGGCAGUGCGAGAAUUUCUGCGGCCAGUUCUUGGACGACGACUUCCUCCUCUUCCUCGCCGACCGGGCACCCCUGCUGAGAUGUCUCCGCCUCAAAUUCUGCCAUGGAAUCACCAGUGAAGGAUUUGCUGCGGCCAUAACCAACUUUCCUCUGCUUGAGGAGCUUGAGCUUGAUCUGUGUCGUGGUAUAGAUGACACUGGUGGGGUGUUUGAGCAUGUCGCGAGAUCAUGUCCUCGGAUGAAGCAUAUCACAUAUUUAAAACACCCCGGCUUCAACUUCCACAUUACUGAUUGCGAUAAUGACCGGGAAGCCCUGGCAAUCGCAAGUAUGCCAGAGCUACGAACCCUGCAGCUUUUUCGCGAUAAUCUCACCAAUACAGGGCUGACAUCCAUCAUUGACAAUUGCCCCCACCUGGAAUUCCUUGAUUUAAGAAGUUGCUGCAAUAUCAGCAUGGAUGAUGCCCUGCAAGCUAAGUGUUCUAGGAUAAAGAAAAGCACACUACUUCCUGACUUCAAGGACCAACGUGACCACUUCGACACUGACAGCGAGAUAGUUCUUGCUCGCUCUCGUAUUCCGACAUUGUAGUAGACACUUCAUACGAAUACAUUGUCGGCGAUGAUUCGGUCCCCAACGAGUUCCUUGGUGAGGACGAUGAGAUUAAUCUGGAACACUAUGAUAGGAUACUGGAUAAGACCAUGCGGAGAUAUAAAAUGUAGCUGGAAUGGUAUCAUGCAGGCCCAACAUGUUUUUGAUGGAAGUGACCAGAUGUUACUCCUCUACUGCACUUUUUGGUCAGCAGUUCACUGCAUGCACCUGGUAUUUUGCUGCUUUGGCGUGCCUCGUCGAGUUGUCGGCCUGGGCAUUCAUCAUCCCAAUUUCUGCUGCCUUCAGAACAUACAGAGUUAUCGACAUUGCAAGACAUCAGUUGUGGGUUUACAGUAAUUUUACUAGUGCUAGCCCCGAUAUUGUUUGGUCGAUGGUCUCCUUACUGAUUUCCAUCCAUUGAAGACAGAACUUGACCAAUACCUGGAGCGGUGUUUUGCUGGAUUUUGUUUGUACAAUGCCUGUUCCCGAAAUGCUUGUCAAGUGUUAGCUGGCCAAUUAAUGGCCUGGACAUGAAGCUGGACGUUGGUGAGAUUUGGGGCUGUGGCAAUGAACUCUUCAAAAAUAAUUAGUGAGAUUUAGACUCAAACCCAUCUCUUUUCCUCCAGUAGCCGGUGAUCCUAGCAUUUUUCUGUCAUACUUUUGUGCAAUCUGCUGCAUCUCUAAGCAUCCAUUUUAACUGCUUGCAUAUUCCUUCUCCUUUUGAAUUAGUGAUAACGAAGGCUUUA